CUCCGUAACUAUAACAUGGCUUUAUAUAAGAAGUGGAAACGUAUAGGUUUGUAUACGUCUCCUACAAUUCCCCAGACUUACACUAUCGUUAAGAAAGUGGCUGUGAGUGGAGCUGGUACUUGCAAGCCGGAGACUCUGGAUGCUGAGGUAGAGAUCAAAGCCAACGCUGAUAAGCUGUACAAAUUCAUCAGCAACCAGCACUAUGACUUCCCCAAAGCAGCCUCUGAUAAAAUACACGAUGUUACAGUACAUGAAGGUGACUGGGAAACUUCUGGCUCUGUCAAGCUCUGGCAAUACACCCUAGAUGGAAAUGUCGAGACUUACAAGGACAAGGUGGAAAUAGAUGAAGCAAACAAGCGGGUGCGUCUUACAGCUUUGGAAGGAUCACAUGUGCUGGACAAUUACAAAAGCUUCAGGUUCACUUGCCAGGUCAUCACUCCAAAUAGUGAAGGAAGUUCUGUGAAAAUUACUUUAGAAUAUGAAAAACUCAACGAGAACGAUCCGCCUCCACAGAAGUUCCUCAGCUUGGUGGUCAAUGUCAUUAAAGAUGUUGAUGCACAUCUUCUCAAGGAAUAAGCGCCAAGCACAAGAUUUAUGCAUACAUACGACAUGGAACAUUGAGUAAUAUUACUAUCUUCAGGAAUAAAGGCCGGAGAGUUGAGCAAGCUACUUAGCACUGUUGCUUAUUUCGGUUUCCGAUUUGGUUUGUCUUUAAUUCUAUGAGCAAGAAUAAAUUGAGUGUGAUAUCAUUAUAUUACUGAUGUUGUAAACAAGUUCAAUCUAUUGGCAUGCUUAUAUUUUUCGAGAA